AUGAACCGCUCGUUCGAACGCGUCGUGGCGUUUGCCGGCGACUUCUCGCCUUUAUUGGCGCUGCACGCGCUAAUACCGACACUCGCAGCUGCCUCUGGAAGGGAGCCGCGUUUGUCAAUAGCGCUGCCGCUCUCUAUGAAUACGCUGGAAAAGCACUUCACGUUCAGCCGGCAGGCGUUGCGCGAGGGCCGCUGGUGGACGACGGCGAGUUACAUGCUCUUGCACGGGAACCAGGCGCACGCGCUGUCCAACCUGCAGUCGAUCCUCGUCGCCGGGCCGGCGGCAACGGACACCUUAGGCGUCAACGGAGCGAUGGUGACGUACGUCGCCGCGGGCAUCGCGGCGGCCCUGGACCCCUUCGACUUUGGCACGCAGCGCCUCGAGCGCAUCGUCGAGCGGUGGGGCAUCGGCGAGCGGGUCCGACGGGUCUUCAACCUCUCGGGUGCCUCGGAGGUGGUGGGUGAGCGCCUGGGCGACAAAAUCUCCAAGGCGUUCGACGAGGCGCGGAGGACGGCCGUGCACGCCGUGGCGAAAAAAGUGAACGAAAAUAUUCGCUCCAUAGGCGCCUCCGCCGGAGUGUCAGCGUUCGUGGCCAUCGACACCUGCGUCGUCGCCGAGGCGCUGCUUCUCGGAAGGCGGUGCGACGCCAACGCGGUGCUGCACGUCGUGAGUUCGUGCUUCUAUUUCGUGCACGAGUGGCGCCUCAUCGACGCUCAGGAUAAUAUCGGCCACGGCGCACAUCUGACGGGCGCCGCGGUGGGCGUCGCCGCAUUUGUUGUGUGUCGGAUUUUCCGGAGGCGCUCCUCGCGAUGGCGCGAUUUCGGUGGAGGGUCUCUCGGGCGCGCUCCGUCGUCUCCGACGGCGUAAUGAGGGUAAACUUAGCUAACAGAAGUAACACACUAGAAAAUAAUCUGGGCUCCAGCUCCUGCCCAAAAACGCAGCCAACGCCGGCGCUACCGGUUCAGGCGAGCUCUCUCCCGCUUGCCUGGGCGAACCCGCCAGCGCCUCGUGUCGACCGCGAGCCGCGCAACGGCCCUCGGUCUCUCUGAAACCCAUCAGCUCUCAGAGACCUCCAAACAAAAAGCACCCCACGCCGUCGCCGCAGACGUAAAGACGAUGGCAACGAUGACCGCCACAACCCCGGGCGUCGACAUGACCCUCGUCGUGAAGACGUCGACGGGCAAGCAUUUCCAGCUCGUAGUGUCGAGGGCCGCGUCAGUACUCGAGUUCAAAGAAAAAUGUGAGACGCCGGCGGACGUGCCGGCGGCGGAGCAGCGCCUCAUCUAUAAAGGUAGGGCCUUACAAGAUGGUGACCUCUUAACGGAGUACGACGUCACCGACCAGUGUACCAUACACUUACUGAGGGCGCCGCCGCGACAGCCGCAAGCGCCUCCGCAACAACCGCAGUUGGCCGCGAAUGGUCUAUUAGCAGGUGGUUUGCACGGCAUGCAAUUACCAAGUGACCCGGCAUCGUUACAGAGACGUCUGAUGAGCGACCCCGAGCUCACCGCGAGGAUCCUCGAUAGCCCGUUCACUAGAAGUUUGUUAGAUGACCCGAAUUUACUCAGACAGAUGGUCAACGCCAAUCCCCAACUCAGGAGGGCAAUGGACGCGAAUCCGCAGCUGCGGCAUGCCUUGCAGGAUCCCAACUUGCUCAGGGAGGCCGUCGAGGUCGCCAGGAAUCCAGCACGAGCUAGAGAAGCCAUGCGCCACCAGGAUCUGGCUUUAUCUCAAUUAGAAAACCACCCAGAAGGGUUUAAUGCCUUAAGGAGGAUGUACUCCGAGGUCCAGGAACCGCUCAUGGAGGGCUUCGAGGGCAUGGCCGUGUCGAGCGGCGGUGCGAGUGCGCCUUCUGUGAAUGCGGACCCGGACGCGCCGCUGCCGAACCCCUGGGCGGCGCCGCAACCACAACCGGUGCCGGACCUGCCGCUGCCCGGGCCCAUGCCCUUCGACCCGCAGCUGAUGGCCCAACUCAUGGGCGGUCAAGGCGGCGUACCGGACAUGUUCGACGUGCUCCGCGGCGGCGUCGCGCCGCCGCGGCCGAACCCCGCGCGGCCGCCGCCGCCCGCGGAGAAUCCCUGGGCGCACCUCGACGGCGACGGCGGCGGCGCCGACGACGACGACGACAUCUACGGGUGA